CUGCAGUGCGCAAGUCCGCCGCUAGAUGGGAGCAUUGCUCUGGCGCUCUCGCAUUAGAGCGGCUCGGCUCACAGAAGAAUAAGUUAUACACAUUCAACUCGGAUUUACAGAAGUAAUAGGGGUAGAAACGGCUUUUUUAAGACCAAAAAAUGUGUCACAUUACUGGUUCUGCGGCUUGUACAGAUGUGUGGACUCCAGAAAAAACUUGCUUGCUCAUGUACUGUACAUGUGCACUACUUUUAGGCUUUAUCAGCGGGAUGGACUGGUGCAGUAGAACAAAGCCUUUGCAGAUGUCACAUUCAGACCUGCAAAGCCAAAAGUUUCUAGGCAGGAAACUCUAAAGAUUACACUCCUGCAUCUAGUGCAUGGAUAAAGCAUUUCUCUCUCUCUCUGAGUUGGUAACAAGUUGCUAUAUACUCUAAAGGACUACUUGGAUUAUUUUGGCAAUAGACCAAUUUGGAGUAGACAUCACAGUUAUGUCACCUGAAGCUGCUCGUCCAUUAUGGUUACAGAAAAACACUGGUAUCAAGUGGAGGGAAACGGGUACAAUCCAUGGAAUCAGAAGAAAAAAAUUAUUGUAGUGCCUUUAGAUGUCAGAAUCGAAAUGCAAAUACAUUUUAUAGAAUACUGUCAUUAAAAGAAUCCAUUUGAAGCUAAACACAGACUUUUAGACAAACUAUGGAUGAAACCUGCUAUGAUUACCCUAUCUUUGACGCAUAAAUUUAAACUUAACAGUAGGUCUACAUAAUAUUCGCAAAUUCAGUUAACAUAUUGUAUUAGCCCUACAGUUACAGUAUGGUCUAUUAUUUCAAGCAUUUUACAUAACGUUUACCUAUUUUAUCUCACAUUUCUGACUUUUUCUCCUCGCAAAUGCCAAUUUAUAAUUCCAAGUUAAGACUUUAUAACUCAAUUUCACUCUAUCGUGAGUUUUUCAGUUCUGAAAAAAGGCCAGGAGUUUGAAUAUAUAUAAAUAUACGCAUAUUAGAUCAUGGUUUCUAUAGGCUGCUACUUUAAAAUGGUAAUUGUAUGCAACCAGAUAGGCCCCGUCAACAAGAAACAUCAUUAGCUUUUGCAAACACAUCAAUUGGUCUAUUUAGUUAUCCACUUCUUAGGACAGCAGCAACAAAAAACAUGUUUGAGGCAUAAUGUAUUUUGUCUGUUCUAAAAAACACAUUGAAAGUCUUUCCAAGUAAUGUCAAUUAUUAUUUUACUGCUAAAUAAAUUUUAAGGCCUGCAUGAUUGUAUGGUACAAAUAAUUUAUAAAAAAAUUAUAAUGCGUUUUGAAUUUUACGUCUGGGAUGAAAGUAUCUUAAUUCUUGUAUCUUAAUGUCUUGUCAUGUCAUGUCUAUGUUUUGGUGUGUAAAGAUGGAAUCGUAUGGUGUUUAGUCCUCCACAGUAGAGUGCAGUAAGUCGAUAUUCCUCCGAUACUCUGUCAGAAAUGCAUCACUUCCGGCAAACUACCUAGGAACCAAUGGAAUCGCUGCAGGACAGGCGCUCGAGAGGCAGGUUUAAAUGCGCUGCCCGCGAGCCUGCGAGCAGGACGAGAGGAGCCGUGCUGCUUCUGGAAGUGUGCAGAAGUGAAGAGUUCUAAUAACAGUACAAAGUCAGGAUGUCAAAAGAAAGUAGACCGCUUCAAGAACUGAGUGAGAAUUUGGAGGGAUCCCUGUGCAGGCCUCAGAGGGGUAAAUGGAAAAGGCGGUCCUCGUGCAGUGGGGGUCUAGAUACUGAGAACACGCCGAACGAGCUCAUCCAGCAGUGGUCACCCCCGCACAAGAAGAUCCUGACUUCUGCAAAAGGGAAAGAAAAUGAGGAAAACGCAUUUGUUCUUGCCAGACGUCCCAGGAAAAGAAGAGAAUCGGCAGCAGGCUUGUGUUGGGACAGUCUGCCUGAUGAGCUAUUGCUGGGAAUCCUGUCACGUCUCUCACUGCAAGAUCUCCUCCGGACAUCACGGGUCUGCAAGCGCUGGCAUUGUUUAGCGUUUGAUGAAUCUCUGUGGCACAGCGUGGACCUGGUGGGAAAGGCUCAGUUAGAUGCUGAGCUUGGGCAGGUUCUCUCAGCUGGAGUCUUGAGGCUGCGCUGUCCACACACCUGCAUUGGUCAACCCAGCUUUAAAAGUGCACAGAAACUUCGUGUCCAACAUCUGGAUUUAUCCAACUGCACAGUGGAGACAUCUGUUCUCGAAGACAUUCUGUCACGCUGCAAACAUCUACAGAAUCUCAGUCUCGAAGGACUGGUGCUCUCUGAUAGCAUAAUUCAUUCUCUGGCUGAAAAUACGGAAAUUGUCCGACUGAAUCUGUGUGGCUGUUCAGGCUUUUCCCCUGAAUCGCUGGCUGAGAUGCUAAAAUCUUGCACUCGAAUUGAAGAAAUGAAUGUGUCAUGGUGUGACUUCAGUAAUCUCCAUGUUCAAGCCAUUGCUGCCAACAUUCCCUCCAGCGUCUCUCACCUGAACAUCAGUGGUUACAGACAAAACCUCACCAUGGAAGAUGUUAAAGCUGUAGUUAAACGAUGUCCGAACCUUACAAACCUAGAUUUGAGUGAUAGUGUGCUUGUGACAACAGACAGUUUCCCAGUCCUGCAGCAGCUUUCCUCCUUGCGACAUCUGGCAGUGAGCCGCUGUUAUCAGAUCCACCCAGCUUCACUCAUUGACUUUGAAAAGUUUCUAAAUUUGCAGACCCUGGAGGUCUUCGGGCUCAUACAGGACAGCUACCUGCCCAUUCUUUGUAAAGGUCUACCGCACAUACAGAUCAACACACAGCCUUUCUCCACCGUGGCACGUCCCACCUCGGCAUCAAGAAAGGAUCGCACGCUUUGGGGAAUGCACUGUCGACUUGUGUACAAACAUUGAUGGUUUUAAUGAUUACAGGGUGAACCAAAUAGCUUUUAUAAUAGUCCAUAUCUCUCUUAAUUGUGCCCUAUUAGAAUUAUUUGUGAUUUUAAACAAAGCAUUUUAACAUCACAAGGCAAGUCCUUGUUUUAUAUUGCAACCGUUUCAAUUUAGUGAAGAUGACAAUUGUGUUGGAGUUCCUGACAAUCUUGAAUUGAGUGACGUUCUUGUUACAUUGCAAAGAUGAAGAGUGAUUUAAUGUUUGGUACCAGUAGCUGUAAUUUUGAAAAUGACGAGUUUCACUAGAUGUUUAUUGCUUCAGAUGAAAUCUAGAAUAUAAUGGUAGGUUCUGUUUGUCACUCAAGAUCUGUUUUCCUGCCAUGAUCAAGUACGUUUCCAGUUUCACUCUAGGAUUAUCAAAGGAUUAUCUAGUUUAGUAAUAAGACAAUGGUUUUAUGUUAAUCUUAAGAAGUUCCCAAAUAUGCAGAAGCAUUAAAACCGGUGCUUUCAGAGCAGAGAAAAUAUUGUGAAUUUCUUCCGUUUUUCGGAACUAUUUUAAUGUUUGAAAACUUGAAUUUUGUACCACUUUGGAUGUUCCUAGACGUAUUUUUAUGAAUUGUCUGAAUUGUAAAUAAAAUGUAUUGCUUUUUAUUUAAAGCCA